AUGUGUAACUCGGCCGACGAUUCUUACGUACAAAAGCUAGGUUAUCUGCAACUCGGGGAUGAACCCAUUGACGCCGGCGGUGCAUCGGGUACCGGUAGGGUCACGGGAUCACGACCUGAGGCCCAGGUACCCGUGUCAAGAAAUACCAUAACAAGAACGGAUACCAGAGUGUCUGGUAGACCAGUUGGUGCUAUUGAAAGUUUCAUUGAAAGUAAUACUGAUACUUGUAGACAAUCAACAACUGAUUACAAAUUAUAUGAACGUGAAAAUAUAAUAGCUGCAUCAAGAUUUGCCACACCAAAACCUGUGGAACAAAUCAGUGCUCAGCAACAAAAUCAAAACCGUAUCAGUCAUCAACAAGCACCGGUAUAUGAAAAUAUUGACUACUAUCCGCAACAAAAUCAACCUCAUCCUCCUUAUUAUCAUCCAGUGGAAUCUAGAAAAAGUCCUAAAAGUAGUCCAAGAGGUUCAUUAGCAAGUGAAUCUUAUGAACCCACUUUUAGAAAAGCACAACCACAAGUGCCUACUGGAAAUCGUUACCAAUCUGCAUCUCCAGCAAAAGAAUUACCUCCAUAUGAGGCACCUCCUGUAUAUGAAAAUAUUCAAGAAGUACAUUUCCCAGAUAAUACACAAAAUAAACCUGGUCCACAAGUUCCACCAAAUUAUUAUCAUCCAGCUACAAUUAAUGGUGGUGAUUAUGUUGUCAUGACUGGUAAAGUAGGUCAAACGCAAAAUCAGAGAGGUAUAACACAAAGUUUAUCAUAUACACAACAAAGAGGAAGUAAUAUACGUGGUCAAAGUUAUGAUGGUUCAAGUUUACAACGAUGUGUUGACUCCUCUACAUCAAGGUACUUACAAGGAUCUUCUUCAUCUUUGGAUCAUCAGGCUGGUAGAAGUGCUUAUGUUCCACCAUCUGAAUUACAAACACCAACCAGAAAUUUUAAUUAUAAUUCUGAACAACAACAACAUUCUCCCAGAUCAGGACUUCCUUACCACAGUGAGUCUCCACCAAUCCGCUUACCUCCAGAACCUCAUCAUUAUCGUGGUACUCUGGAUAGUUCAAUAAGUGGACAGCAUGGAUUUAGAGCUUCAAAUCAUAUAGAGAGCGUACAACAACCACAAUAUCGUCAGGAUAGUCCUCAAAAUUAUAAACCAUACAUAGAAUCAAAUACAAGAAGUACAAAUGCAAAUAUUACAGGAGAAACUCAAGCUAGAAACUCACCUGUUUACGGUGUGAGGCAAGCAGAGCAAUCUGCUUGCCGUAAUUCUCCUUGUUAUUCUCCAAAUAGAGUGUUGCCACCAAAUGAAAGAAAUUAUCAUCAUCAAGAACCUAGAGCAGAUUUUCCUGCCAGAAAUUCUCCAAUUUAUUCUUCUAAUAGAUCAACAGAGCAUUUAAGAUUAAGUAAUUUACAAAAUGACAGAAAUUUUGUUCAGGAAGUACCUGAUCCUUCUGAAACAUCAAAACCAUCUCCUAUGUAUUCACCUAGCCGUAAUGAUAAUUCCAGAAUUGUAACUAAUAACAAUAAUAUAAGAGGUUCUCCAAAAUCAAGUCCAACUCACAAUCAAAUAUCAUCUGAUACAGUCGCACAAAACGUGAUUAAUUCACCAAGACAUGUAUCACCAUCUUCCACGAAUAAUAUCGGAAGUCCUCUACGUGGUCAAAUACAAACACCAGUGACUACUGGUACACCUACCACUACAGAAUCUGAUCCAAAUAUUCAUGGACCUAGAAUUACCAGUCUCCCUCCAGGAGUGACCAGUGGUGUGGCCGGUCCUGUCUUUUUAAACGCUGGCGUACCUGUGCUACAAAGGCCAUCCGAACCUGAACCAGAGGAAAGAAAGUCAGUCAGUCCACCAAUGAAACCAUCUGGCAAGGGAUUACUACCCUACAAUGUCAUACCACCGAGACCUUCCGGGCCCACCGAAGCGGAGAGAAAAAUAGAAGAGUUGACGAGACAACUCGAGGAGGAGAUGGAAAAGCAAGAAGAAGAAGGGGAAUACUUUGGUAUUUGUCAUACAUGCGGUGAAAAAGUUACUGGAGCUGGCCAAGCCUGCCAAGCCAUGGGGAACCUUUAUCACACAAAUUGCUUUAUAUGCUGUUCGUGUGGAAGAGCGUUACGUGGCAAAGCAUUUUAUAAUGUUCACGGAAGGGUAUACUGUGAGGAAGAUUAUCUGUAUUCUGGCUUCCAACAAACCGCCGAGAAAUGCGCAAUCUGCGGUCACCUCAUCAUGGAAAUGAUAUUACAAGCAAUGGGGAAGUCCUAUCAUCCAGGAUGCUUUAGAUGUUGCGUUUGCAACGAAUGUCUUGACGGUGUUCCCUUCACCGUGGAUGUUGAUAAUAAAAUCUAUUGCGUAAACGAUUACCACAGAAUGUUCGCACCAAAAUGUGCUUCCUGUGGUAAAGGAAUCACUCCAGUCGAAGGCACAGAGGAAACCGUAAGAGUCGUUUCCAUGGACAAAGAUUUCCACGUAGAUUGUUACGUUUGUGAAGAUUGUGGCAUGCAAUUGACCGAUGAACCGGACAAACGAUGCUACCCACUCGAUGGUAGACUUAUGUGUCGUGCGUGCCACAUCCAACGCAUAUCCCACACGCAACCCAGGGCACCACAGCCAGUAUCAGCUAGCUAUCAAUUUAUGGGAUAAGUUAAGUUAACAAAUUUUAAAUUGAAUGUUUAAAAUUGAACUGCGCUCGCGUAUCGAUCAUCCAAUGAUGAAUAUCAUAAGAACUGAUUAAACAAACCGACCUAAUUAAUAAUAUAAAACUUACGUAUGUCUAUCAAAGUAUCAAAAGUUUACAAAGUAGAAAUUCGUAGAAAACACAGAUGUUAAUAUUUAUGCAAUAUGAUUAAUCUAUAUCUAUGAAAAUAAUAUAGCUUUAUUGUUCCUCUAUAACGUGAGACGUUGACAUAACCUAGCAAGACUGGAUACAGAAUUGAAAUAUUUAAGGCGCGUAGAUACUUACAGAAAUUGUCUGCAGAUCUAUAUCGAGUCUGCAGUCUAUAUCGAGAAUAUAUAUCUGAAAACAAUAGAAAGAGUCUUGUUGGAUAUAUAUAUAUAUAUAGAUACAAUAAUUAAUAUAGUAUGUAUAAGAACGAUGCAUGUAUAUUGACUGCAGACGAUAUCUAUAAGCUUAAAACGCCUUUAUACAUACACUGCCUCUUGGGAUCAUUUAGAUUUUAUAGUCAGGUCGAUGUUUGAUCUUUUUUAACAAUAUACGUAUAUAUCCUUGCGAUCUACAAGAAACAAUUUUCCAUUGACAGCUAUUAAUAUAAGUUAACGGUAUAUUUAAUAUAUGUGCUCUUAUUUAUUUUGUUUAAGGUACUGCGACAAUGCAGUAAUCUCGUUAGGAUGAACGAGUUGCGCAGGCAACUGUGAUAUAUUAGCAUAAUAAUUACAUCGUCGUUAAGCAAUGAUUCCUUAUUUUAGUUCGUGUAUAUAGUAUGUGCACAAUUUUAUCAGAUCGUGUCCGUUUUUUCCUUUUUUUACAAUUAAGAAUUUGGAUUCGCCUCGGUAUGAUGGUCUACAAUAAAUAUACCGUAUUAUUACCAUAUUCGAUGUAUCGCGUUUGUUAACAGUAUUUAUUACGACAAUACAUCAUAUAUCAAUUACUAUUUACAAUUAUUAUCAAAAAUUUCAUUUAAUACUCUUUGACGUUUAUGAUUAUUACUCAGGAAUUUUAAUAAUACAAUCAUAAUGUUAUUGUUGGAAAUUUAUAUAAAUCUUAAUAUUUGAAUUUAGGAAUAUUCGAUAUAUUAAAGAUGAAUAGAAUUUUAAGAUGCUACAACGCACAAAAUGUGCUGCCAAAAAAAAGCUUCUCUAUAUCUGAUUAAUAAAUACUUCUGCGUGUAGAUAACAUAGGCUGAUGAUAAGUUGCGUGUAUUGUAGAUGAAAAGUACAAUGUUAUUUAAAUGUAUGCACGGUAUGUAAAGUAAAAAAACAUCCGUUCAAUAAAGAAAGAUAUAUCUGA